ACAGGCCAAGGGGAUGCAGACAGCGGCUCGGGAGCAGCGCUGGUCCCUGCCAGCCCAGACCCUCUCGCCGCGGAUGAGCUGGUGGAGAAGAAAGCCCAUGGAGCCGGGGAGCUGGGACACGGCACGGGUUCAGUCGGAGCCAGGGAGCUGGGACACGGCACUGCCCUCAACCUGCUGCCGGCCACGGAGGAGGGCACCGAGCCGGCAGCGGAGGAGCAGGCGCCGCUGGUGCAGAGCCGAGCGCUGCCAGCCCCGAGCCCGGCCCCGGAUGCUGCUGUGAAACAGACGUUCCCGGUUAAGAAAAAGCCGCCUACUCCGAAGCAUCCAAAUGCAGCGAGGAAGCACCCGAGGCCCAAGGCUGCCCCGCCGGGGUCCCCCAGGGCUGCCUCCCCAGCCAGCCCCAUGGGCCCCGGGCUCCCCACUGCCUCCCAGGAGCCGCGGGCAGCAGCCGGUGUGGGGGACACGGAGCAGAGCCCCACUGAGCUGCCCUGGGGGGGCCGGGCCACCACCAGCCGCCCUGUGCUGCAGAUCUCCCCAUCCACCCUGCCACCGACAGCAGCGUGGCACCUCACUGACAGCACCAGUGAUGCUGGCAGCGCUCCCACCGUGGCUCCCACCGGGGAUGCCGGUAACCAGACCAACAGCGCAGAGACAGAGGUGCACACGGCAGAAGAGAGCCAAGAAACCACCACAUCCACCAUCAUCACCACCACUGUCAUCACCACUGAGCCCACUCCGGUCCUCUGCAGCAUGAGCUUCCAUGACCCCGAGGGCUACAUCGACUCCACAGACUACCCACCGCUGCCCCAGCACAGCUACCUGGAGUGCACCUACAACGUCACCGUCUACACAGGCUACGGCGUCGAGCUGCAGGUGAAGAGUGUGAACCUGUCCGACGGGGAAGUGCUCUCCAUCCGCGGCGUGGACGGCGAUGCCCUCGUGGUCCUGGCCAACCAGACACUGCUGGUGGAGGGCCAGGUGAUCCGCAGCCCCACCAACACCAUCUCCGUCUACUUCCGCACCUUCCAGGAUGAGGUGGUGGGGACCUUCCAGCUCCACUACCAGGUGUUUAUGCUGAGCUGCAACUUCCCACGGAGGCCUGACUUCGGAGACGUCACCGUGAUGGAUCUGCACUCGGGAGGAGUUGCUCAUUUCCACUGCCACCUGGGCUAUGAGCUGCAGGGUCCCAGGGUGCUGACGUGCAUCAACGCGUCGAGGCCGCACUGGAGCAGCCCGGAGCCCAUCUGCUCAGCGCCCUGCGGUGGGACAGUCCGAAACGCCACCAUCGGCCGCGUCCUCUCGCCCAGCUACACUGGGAACCAGUCAAGCAGCAUGUACUGCGUGUGGGCCAUCGGGGCCCCCCCGGGCCAGAAGCUGCACCUCCACUUUGAGAAGCUCCUGCUGACAGAGAGGGACAGGAUGGUGGUGUACAGCGGGGACACAAACCAGUCCGCGGUCCUCUAUGACUCACUGCGUGCUGACAGUGUGCCCUUCGAGGGGGUGAUCAGCGACGGCUCCUCCAUCAGGAUCGACUUCCUGGCCGAGGAGCCCGCAGCCGCCACGGCUUUCAACAUACGCUUUGAAGCCUUCGAGCGGGGUCACUGCUACGAGCCCUACAUCCAGAAUGGGAACUUCACCACCUCGGACCCUACCUACAAUCUGGGCACCACAGUGGAGUUCACGUGUGACCCUGGGCACUCCCUGGAGCAGGGUCCUGCCGUCAUCGAGUGCGUCAACAUGAGGGACCCAUACUGGAACGACACGGAGCCGCUGUGCCGAGCCACGUGCGGGGGGGAGCUGACUGCUGUGGCCGGCGUGAUCCUGUCCCCAAACUGGCCGGAGCCCUAUGCAGAGGGGGAGGACUGCGUCUGGAGGGUCCACGUUGGUGAGGAGAAGAGGCUGUUCCUGGACAUCCAGCUCCUGAACCUCACCAACAGCGACAUCCUCACGGUUUACGACGGGGACGAGCUCACCUCCCGCAUCCUGGGCCAGUUCGUGGGCAGCAGCGGUCCGCAGAAGCUCUACUCCUCCAGCCCCGACCUCACCAUCCAGUUCCACUCGGACCCGGCCGGGCUUGUCUUCGGGAAGGGGCAAGGAUUCAUCAUGAACUACAUCGAGGUGUCCCGCAAUGACUCCUGCUCCGACCUGCCCGAGAUCCAGAACGGCUGGAAAACCACAUCACACACGGAGCUGGUGAGAGGGGCCAAGAUCACCUACCAGUGCGACCCGGGCUACGACAUCGUGGGCAGCGACACCCUCACCUGCCAGUGGGACCUCAGCUGGAGCAGCGACCCCCCCUUCUGCGAGAAGAUCAUGUACUGCACGGACCCGGGGGAGGUGGAGCACUCGACCCGGCUCAUCUCCGACCCGGUGCUGCUGGUGGGGACCACCAUCCAGUACACCUGCAACCCUGGCUUCGUGCUGGAGGGCAGCUCCCUGCUGACCUGCUACAGCCGCGAGACCGGGACACCCAUCUGGACCUCGCGGCUCCCACACUGUGUCUCCGAGGAGUCGCUGGCCUGCGAUAACCCAGGACUGCCAGAAAACGGCUACCAAAUACUUUAUAAGCGCCUCUACUUGCCGGGAGAGUCCCUGACCUUCAUGUGCUACGAGGGCUUUGAACUCAUGGGGGAGGUGACCAUCAAAUGCAUCCUGGGGCAGCCGUCCCACUGGAGUGGACCCCUGCCCAUCUGCAAAGUGAAUCAAGACAGCUUUGAACACGCUCUGGAAGUAGCAGAAGCUGCUGCAGAGACGUCGCUGGAGGGAGGAAACAUGGCCUUAGCCAUAUUCAUCCCGGUGCUGAUCAUCUCCUUGCUGCUGGGAGGAGCCUAUGUCUAUCUCACAAGGUGUCGGUACUACUCCAGCCUCCGCCUGCCCCUCAUGUACUCCCACCCCUACAGCCAGAUCACGGUAGAAACGGAGUUCGACAACCCCAUCUAUGAGACAGGGGAAACAAGAGAAUACGAAGUUUCAAUAUAAGGACAGUGGUAAGAGAGUCUCUGGCUGCGAACUUACUGUGCUCUCAUAGACCUUCCUCAGUAACUAAUCCAGAGCCCACGUGGAGUUUGGUUGGACCCCUGGACCUGCUGUUGUCUUUCCUUUUGCCUCUUUCUGGAAGAUUUUACUGUUUUCUUCACUGUAUUUAUUCUAUUUAAGCUGGGGUAGGUGUGCUGCGAGCCUGGGUGCAGGCAGCAGCGGGGCAGGGCUGGGUCCAGCGAGGCCAGAG